AUGGGAAAGGCGCUUGGCUUCAGGUAUGCUGGCAAAGGCCCAGGAAUCCAAAAGAGCUCAAAGAUGGCGCGAAAAUAUCUUGUUGCAAACAAAGUGAAGACUGGAAAGAUGUCGGACCUUGACUUUGGGAUUGAAGCUGCGCCCAAGAUUCAGAAAGAGCAAGCUGAAACAGGACUCAACAACUCCAAGAGCAACAACCACUACCAUCAUCGCCAUUCUUCUCCUGCUCCUGCUCCUCUUGCCACUGGGAACUACAACGCUCCAGUAAUCACCACCAAGCGCGAGAAGACGCUGGCAGAGCAGGUUGGAGAGAAAGAAUAUCAGGAGAGAGUCAAGGAUGCGGAUGAAUUUCGAGCUGCCAAGAGUUUUGCAGAGGAGAAAACAAACGCGAAGAAGAAGAAGAAGUGCGAGCCGUGUUGA